UGGGGGCACCUCUCUGGGGGGAGGGGAGCACCUGGGCCCUGGGAAGGGCUCCUGCUGCCCCACCCUCACCUGUCCUGGGCUCCUCUCUGCAUCCAGGUGUUCUGUGAUCUGUUCCACCUUCAUCCCUUGAUUCCAGCCCCAGGGAUUUUUGUGGAAUCACCUUUUCCAUCCCCCCUGCCCCCACCUGACCCUCUCCAGGUACUUGGGAAACACCUUUGGGGGGGAGCCUGUCCCCCCUUCCCAGGGCCCCUUCACCUCCUGGGCCUCUGGAUCCAGGUGUUCCAUGGAUCCACCUUUAUCUCCCAGUUCCAGUGAUGGACACAGGGCCCAAGGAGAUUUUUUUGUCACCUCUCUGUCCCCCAGCACCUGCCCACCCUGGGAGGGGCACCUGUCCCUCCUUCCCAGCCUCUUCAAGCCAGGAGCUUUUCCAGAUCAGCUCCUGUGCUUCCAGGAUUCCCAAACUCUCCUGAUCCCUCCCCUACUCCAAAAGUGAUUCCAGAACAUGGGAAAAAAAAUUAUAUUAUUAGUUGAACUCCUUUUGGUGAGAUUUAAUCCUUGAAAUUCCCAUGGCCCCUCCCUCAGCAUUUGGAACUAUUUUUCCUUCCUCAUCUCAAAUGGACAGGUGCUCCUUGGGAUGCUGGUUGCAGAAAUGCUGGGAGCUCUAUGGGAGCUGUAUCCUAGAUUGCCCUGAGGAACCCAAAUUUUCCACCUUUCAUCCUAAAAACCCAGAGUUGAGUGUUGGGAAUGUCAGCAAUGACUCAAAUCCCUGGGAAAUCCAUGGACCUUUCAGCUGCUGAGCUGAAUCCUUGGGGAAAACAUUGGAAAACGUGCCCAAUUCCUUAAGGAUCCAGACUCCUAAAAUAUUCCUGGUGAACAUCCCCAAAUCCCAUUUUUAUUUUGCUAAUUCCUGCCCUGGCACAACACCUGGAAUCAUUGGUGUUCUCAGACUCUUUCUGGGUGGGUUCCACCAGAUCUGCUCAUGGAUCAUUCCCAUUCCCCUCUUAUCCUGGAGUAUCCUGAAUCCCUGCUUUUGACACUUCUGAUGCCUCAAAACCAUCAAGAGAAUCCAUUUUUGGCUCUCAAUUUUCAUGGGAAACACAUUACCUUCAACAAAAAAAAAAAAAAUUGGUGCUGGAAUCUAGGGAGUGCAAGCAGGAAUUCUUGAGAAUCUUCUAAUUCCUUGAGCCCUUGAUCUAGGUUGGGAUUUUGGGAGCUAUCCCAGAAUCCACAGGAUGCUCAGAGGAUUGGAAAAUUGGGAAAUCAUUCCUAAUUUCUUGGAAUAGCUGGAAAUAAAAGGGUUCAUCAUUGCAGGGUUUGGUGCUCACCUUGAGCAGGUGUGGGAUGGACAAUUCCUGGUGGUUCCACAUGGUCCCAGCUUUCCCACCCUGCUCAGAUCACCUUUCAGCCAGGAGCUUUUCCAGAUCAGCUCCUGUGCUUCCAGCAAUCCCAAACUCUCCUGGUCCCUUCCCUACUCCUAAAGUCAUUCUGGAACAUUGGAAUAAAAUUUAUAGUUAUUCCUUUUGGUGAGGUUUAAUCCUUGAAACAAUGGGAAUUCCCCAAUUCCCGUGGCUCCUCCCUCAGCAUUUGAACCCAUUUUUUCUUCCUCAUCUCAAAUUCUUUCCAAUUAAAAAAUGGGGGAAAAUGGAAACCUGAUAUUUUCAUUUAUUUGUGGGUUUGGGGUUUUUUCCUUCAUUCUGACUCUUCCAGGAGUUUCUUUAUGCCACAGAAAGGAUAAUUUGGAAUAAUUUGGGCUUUCAUGUGAGGAAUAGGAAUCAUCCUGACAGAUCCAUCAGGGAAGAAUCUUUGUGCAGAUGAUGGGAUCCAUCUCUGAUUUUCCAUGGAAAUGUGGUUUUAGGGAAUAAUUUGAGGAUUUUUGGCAGUUUCAGGGAGCUGGAGAGUUGGGAUGGGUUUUCCACCUCCACUCCUCCUGGGAUUGGGAUUGAUCAGUUCCUUCCUUCCUGCUUUUUCCCCCUCUACCACCAGGAUUUCCCACUUUCCCUCGCAAAGAAACCACCCCAAAAACCUGGAUUUCACCUCAAACCGGUGCAUGGGUUGGGAAUUCCCAUCCUGCUUUUUGGGACCCCAACAUUCCCUUCUGGAGGGGACGGGGGAAGGAUCCCUGGGCUGGAUCCAGAUCUGUCAGUUCCUCCUGCUCUGGCAAAUCCCACCCAAAACCCAACCCCCCAAAGGGCUGCAGAACAUCCUGGGGCUGCUCCCAGAUUCAUCCUGGAAGAUUCCCAGCAGGAAUCAGGUCCAAAAAUUCCCUUUGCCCAACCUGGAGCUGGAAAUUUUCCCCAAAUAUCACCGUGGGUUUUUUGGGGUUUUUUGAGUUUUUUGGGAUUAAGGGGUGUGAGGGAGGAAAAUCCCAGGGAGGCUCAGUCCCAAUCUGCCAUUUCUGAUGGAUUGGGAAUUCUUGGAGCAUCUGGUGGUUUUUCUGAACUUUAGGGAAUUUUGGGGAGGAUCAGGAUAUUCCAGGGUGAAUCUGGCACUGCCUGUCCAAAUAAAAAACCAAAACCCAACAAAAAAAAAUUAAAAAAAAAGCACUUUUCCUUUGGUUUUGGGUGAAUUCCAUCCCAAAUGGAAAAGCUGGGAUAGAGGAAGCUGGAGCAAAGUGUAAAUGUUUGUGUGGAUGUCCGGGGAUGAUGGGCUGGCACGGGGAUCUCCCAUUGGGAUCAGGAUUUAUCAGGGAUGGGGAGGGCAAGAUUCUUGGAAAAUCCAGAGAAUCUUCUCCUGGCGAUCCCGUGGAGCCAUGACUCAUGAAAUACAAACACCCAGCUCCGGGAUGGGCUGGCACCAACGAGUUCUGUUGGAUUGGGGAUUUAGCCGGGAGAAAAGCCUGGGAAGGCCGUGCUGGUGAUCCACAGGGAUCCCGAAUGUCUCGGUGCUCUCCGCAGGGUGGUCCCGUCCCGUCCCUGCUGGGCUCUCCAUGCGAGCCGAGCCCCGAUGGCCGCGCUCCCGAGCGCCGGGAUCAAGCGCAAGCCGGAGGAUUCGGGACUGGGAUCGGGAUCAGGAUCGGGAUUGGGAUCGGCCGCAUCCAGCGGCGCCACCUCGGACGAUGAGAUCGCCACGAGCGACAGCGGCGACAGCUGCGACAGCGGCAGCUCCGGCAGCACCGGGCCCCCGUCCAUCCUGCGGCGCUCGCGGGCGCGCCGGGGCGGGAAGCGCGUGCGCUUCGCUCAGGUCACCGUUUACUACUUCGCCCGGCGCCAGGGCUUCACCUGCGUGCCCAGCGCCGGCGGCAGCUCCCUGGGCAUGGCCCCGCGGCACCACCGCGCCCGCAGGUACAGCCUCAGCCAGUUCGCUCACCUGCGCCAGGUGAGCCACCGGCAGCACCUGCGGCAGCACCUCCGCAGGGAGAAACUGCGCGCCAGGAGGAGAGAGCUGACCCAGAACGGGACGGUGCCGUCGGCCGAGGCCGCGGGGCUGACCUUGGCCGACGUGUCCGACGACGACCUGGACGUGGGGCAGGUGGAGGUGGGCGAUUAUUUCUACCUGCAGCCACUGCCCACCAAGCGGCGCCGGGCGCUGCUCCGCGCCUCGGGCGUGCGCAGGAUCGAUGCCGAGGAGCGGCAGGAGCUGCGGGCGCUGCGCCUGUCCCGAGAGCAGUGCGGCUGCCUCUGCCGCCUCACCUGCGAGCCACGCACCUGCGCCUGCAGCCAGGCCGGCAUCCAGUGCCAGGUGGAUCGCACGUCGUUCCCGUGCGGCUGCUCCCGGGAUGGCUGCGGGAACGUGGCCGGGCGGAUCGAGUUCAACCCCCUGCGCGUCCGCACCCACUUCCUGCACACCCUGAUGAAGCUGGAGCUGGAGAACCGGCGGGAGGAGGAGGAAGAGGAGGGAGCAGCCGCCCUCCCCGGCCCCACCUGGCCGCCCCCACAGCCCCCCGAGACUCAGGACUUCCAGGAAUACCUGGCGGAGAACGAGCGGGCGGUGCUGCACCUGCAGACGGCCGAGGAGCUGGAGAGGCUGAAGGCUGAGGAAGACUCUGGAAGCGGCUCUGGGGGAGAGGGGGGUGGGGUCUGUGUCCUGGGGGAGCACCUGGAUGACACCUGGCAGGUGAAACCACCCCCGUGCCCCGGGCUCACCUCCACCAUCCUCAUCCCAGCCCAGUUCCCGCUGGAAUCUUCUGUCCUGUGCUACCCUGCCGGGCAGCCGGCCCCGGGGGGCUCCCAGCCUUACCUGCCCGAUGCACCUGGGCUCUACUGCCAGCUGGAGCCACGGGCGGGUGCCAAGGGUGGGAGUGGCCACGUGGAGCAUCCAGCUCCAGCCUCCAGCCCCCCUGGGAAGGAGCUGGGGGUCCCACCUGUCCCUGCUGCUGUGAGCAAGGGAGGAGCACCCCAAAAUCUCCCAGAGCACCUGGAGCACCCCCACCUGCCCAUAUGAGUGGCCUCAGGCCCUCUGGCUCCAUUAUUUAUUCCAUGGAUUGAUUAUUUAGUUGGUGGGGGCUGCUCUGGACAGAGGAUUUGCCUGGCCCAGGGCCAGGAGUCCUUCACUCACCUGACAGAGGUCACCUGUGCCAGGACUCACCUGAGCUGGAGCCUCCUGGAUCCCAUGGCAGCUCUGUCCCCCCCAGCUGCCUCCACUUUCCUUGUUUUUAAGGGAAAAAGCCUUUUUUCCCUAACUCCUGUCUGUUUAAUGAAUGUUUCACCUGGGCCACAUCCCAUCCCACCUCAUCCAGGUGAUGCUCCCUCUCACCUGCAGCUGGGAUGGAUUGGGAAGCACCUGGAACUGCCACAGGAGACCCAGGACUGGAAUCCCCAAACUCACCUGGAAAAUUCUGGGGAGUUGAACCAACUUCACCUCCUUGUUGGCCUGGAAUUGAUCACCUGUACCUGUCAGAACCUUCUGGAAUGUUCCUUCACUUGCUGGGAGAUCCUUCCAGCAGCUGUUGAGGAGCUGCCCUUGCAAGGACCAGGAUUUGGGAAUGUGAGGCUGCUGGAAUGUCCCUGUCCCUACCUGUGAUCCUGGCCCAUUCCUGGUGGGCUCUGUGCAUCCAGGUGGUCCUGGACCGAUCCCUGCAGGUGUGCACAGGUGUCCCAUGGAUGCAAUGUCACCUGGCCCUGCCCUACCUGAUCCCUGAGCUCUCAGUUGGCUCCUUGCCCAUCCCAGGUGAGCUCCAUCCAUCCAUCCAGGUGAGCCCCACCUGGCUGUGUUUCCCAAAGAACCUGUCCUGCCACUGCAGCACUCAGGAUCCAACGCGAUGGCAGCAGGAUCAGAGCCCUGCAGGUGUGCACAGGUGUCCAGCUCCUGCUAUGCCAUGGAUGUACCGUUCCUGGUGAGCCCAACUUCAGUGAGAAGCAGCACCUGGAACUCCCUGUGCUGCUCCUCAGGUGCUUCCUGCUCACCUGUGCUCCUUCUGGCUCCGGGCAUCUCCACUGGCAUCAAACUGGUCAGACUGGGAUGGAUUCAGGUUCUGCUGGUCUGGAGUCUCCUGGAGAAUUCACCUGGUCCUUCCAGCCUUUCCUUGGACUGGGAUUCGUGGAAAACCCACCUGUGCUCCGGACCUUCCUGAGGCUCUGGGAUCUGUCUUGGGGUGAAACUUCUCAUUUCUGGGGCUUUUCCCUCUUUUUUGGCUCCAGCCAGGUGAAAUCAACCUGGGCCAGGAGCAAUUCCAGCCUGGGAGGAGGCAGGAGUGGUGGAAAAUCAGGAUGUGGGGUGGGGCUGCUGCUCCCCAGCCCAGGUCGGGUCUGUGCCCUUGGGAUUUGCUCACCUGGAUGCUCUUGGAUUUUGGGAUCUGCUCACCUGCUUGGGCCUGUGCCCCAAAUCCUGCAUUCUGCUCACCUGGACCCUACAGAGAUUGUGGGAUCUGCUCUGGAUCUGCUCACCUGGACACUCCCAGACCCUGGAUCUGCUCACCUGGACACUCCCAGACCCUGGAUCUGCUCACCUGGGCACUCCCAGACCCUGGAUCUGCUC